AUGCGUGAACAUCAACAAGAGACUGACGCCCACUUGAAGCUUGUCGAUAACCAGAUAGCUCAACUCGCAACCUCUAUAUCUUCGCGAUCUCAAGGAUCACUUCUCGGGAAACCCGAGACAAAUCCUAGAGAGCACUGCAAUGCAGUGUUCUUGAGAAGCGGGAAGCAACUUGAUGAUGUCGUCCCCCCUACUCUUGAAAAAGGUGAGUCUUUUUAUUCUAGAUCUGCUAUCAGCUCUAACAUUCAGUCUGCAGAUAUUCCAGUUAAGAUAACAUGUGAGGAAGAACCAAAGUAUGUACCUCCACCUCCCAGAUCUCCUCCAGUUCCAUUCCCUUCACGACUUGUGCAACAAAAAGAGGCCAGCCAGUUUAAGCGCUUCACGAACAUGAUAAAGAAAUUGGAGGUCACAAUACCUUUUCAUGAGGUAAUCACUCAAAUGCUCUCCUAUGCCAAAUUUCUCAAGGAUAUUCUAGCUAGGAAGAAGACAGUGGAGAAGGAGACAGUAACAUUAACCAAAGAGUGCAAUGUCGUUUCUCAGCACGAUUUGCCCCGUAAGAUGGCAGACCCAGGUAGUUUCUCCAUUCUUUGCAAACUGGGCAAUCUCUAUAUUGAACAGGCGUUAUGUGAUCUAGGAGCAAGCGUAAGCCUAAUGCCAUUGUCGAUCUUCAAGAGACUAGGUGUGGGUGAACUCAAACCCACACAAAUGAUAUUACUGUUGGCAGAUAGGUCGACCAAACGGCCUGCAUAUAUACUGGAGGAUAUGCCACUUAAGGUGGGUGAUUAUUACAUACCUGUCGAUUUUGUGGUUCUUGACAUGGAUGCAGAUUCAAGCAUGCCUAUCAUUCUAGGGCGUCCCUUCCUCAACACAGCAGAUGUCGUCAUCCACAUCAGAGCGGGUCAUCUUACUAUGUCCAUUGGAGACGAGACAAUAGAAAUUUAUGCUCAAUCAAAAUGA